GCGAAAAUAAAAAGUUCAAAGUCCAAAUAAACAAUAAUUUUAUUAAAAUUUUGCCUAGUAUUUUCACUCAAAUGAAACGGUGACACUUUUGGGAUUCUGUUUCAGUCAUCAGAACCAGCUUUGCAUCUGUAUACUGUACGGUCUCCGGCGAAGUUCUGGUAUGGGUGAAAUCGUCGAGGAAGACGAGGAGGAGUUGAAACCCUUAAACCACAACAAAAUCCAUGCAGAUAAGAAUAAGGUGGAGAUUCUCAUCAGAACCGUUGGCCCAGCUCGCCCUUCUCGUCUCCAUGUUCCUUCUUCCAUUAAAGUGAAUGAUUUGAAAAAAUUGAUUGCUGGGAAUAACUGUUUGCCACUUGAGAAUUUGAGACUUAUUUUGCGAGGAAAUGUAUUGCGUGACAACAAAAACGGUGAUGAUACAUGUAUACAACUCAAUAAUGGUGAUUCACUGAUCGUUGCUGUUAAACCGAAGCCACCUGUAAAAACUCUUCGGGAUGGACUUGAUGACGAUGAUGAUGAAGAUGAUGAAGAUCUGAAGUUUCAACUUCCACCAACAUCAAGCCGAUGGAAAAGGAUGCUUUACUCUUUUUUGCAUGACAAGCUAAAGCUUCCUGAUAUCCUUUUGAUGGCAAUUUUCACUAUGAGUAUAAAGAUGUGGAUUAUAAUCACUAUGUGGUUUAUAUUGGCCCCUGUUGCUCAUAGAUGGGGUAUCGGUCCUCUAUAUGUACUUGCAACGGGCUUUGCCAUCAUUCUCUUGAAUCUUGGAAAGCGGCAGCCUGGUGAUGUCAGCGCAUAUUCUAUUUUCAACGAAGAUUUCAGAGAGCUUCCUGGAACACUUAACGCUGAUCGUCUGGAUAGGGAUGUAAGGUCGGGUCAGUUUUAAGACUGUUUCUGUCUAUUAUCUUCUGUUGUUGGUGUUUCUACAAAUGCGCCUUAGCACAAUACACAAGUGCUACUCUAGUGAUCUUUGUUUUGUGGCUGUUUCUUAGUUUUCAUUAUUUUCAUCUGUGCUUUUUUUUUUCAAACCUCAUGAAGGAAGAUAGUAGUGAUCCUUACCUGUACAGUAUAUAAUUCAUAGGUAAACAUGGACAUUGUUUUGUUUUGGAGAUAAUGAUAAAAAAACACAAAAAUUGUACCCUUUUCCCCAAUAAA